CUAUAAAUAAAGGUCACGUUCCCAACCCUCGCCUUCCACCCUUUUGGAUAAACUUUUCUGUUUGUUUCCAGUGAAGGUAAUUUUCUCGUUCCUAAAGGAUAUUCGUUUCUUUCUUUGGGUUCAAUCUAACACCACACCCCGAUGGCUCGUACGAAGCAAACUGCUCGCAAGUCGACCGGAGGCAAGGCGCCAAGGAAGCAGCUUGCGACCAAGGCUGCUCGCAAGUCUGCCCCAACUACUGGAGGAGUGAAAAAGCCUCACAGAUACAGACCUGGAACUGUUGCUCUUCGUGAAAUUCGCAAGUACCAGAAGAGUACCGAACUUUUGAUCAGGAAACUGCCCUUUCAGAGGCUUGUUCGUGAGAUCGCUCAGGAUUUUAAGACUGACCUGAGGUUCCAGAGCCAUGCAGUCUUGGCGUUGCAGGAGGCAGCAGAGGCAUACCUUGUUGGGUUGUUUGAAGAUACUAAUCUUUGUGCAAUUCAUGCCAAGCGGGUGACCAUUAUGCCUAAAGAUAUUCAGCUUGCAAGGAGAAUUAGGGGUGAGAGGGCUUAGUUUCUUCGUAAAUGGUGGGCCUACUAGAGGCAAAGUUACCUAAUUAUCUUUAAUGAUGUUUUGAACCCUUUGAAUUGUUUUUUUUUUUUUUUUUUGUGGUUAGUUGUAUGACUUAUUUGAUAUGGAUUUUUCUUUUCCUUCCCAGUGGAUGAUUGGUAAUUUGGUAGAAACUAUAAAAUGUGACAUUAUGACUGGAUUAAUAUACUAAGGACUCUAUUCUUCAGUGAA